CGCGGUACAGCUGGGCCAGUGACGCCGGCAUCGCCGCCACCGCGCGUUCCAUUCUCCGAAGCCGGCGACCGCCGAGUCACCUCCUCGCUUCCGCCGGCUUGCUGCCGCCGCCGCCUUCGCGUCUUCCCGCAGCGCCGGCCAGCGUCAGCCAGACAAGGGCACGCGGAGUCUCGCCUCGGCCGAGGGGGCUUCGGGUGCGCGGAAGCCGCGAGCGCCCCCCUCCCGGAGGCUUCGCGCCGCUCCGGGUGAAUCUAUCCCUUGCUGGCUUUAGGAUUCUUCUGGAUUUAAAAUUUUGUCUCUUUAAUAAAACUUGGACGGAUAAAAGAUGUGCCAUGGCAGGAUAGCACCAAAGAGCAGCUCAGCGUUGGUUGUGGACUCUGUGGGACAUGGAAUGUUCCUUCCUCUGGUGAUCCUUAGUACCUUGCUCGGAGACGGACUUGCUUCAGUGUGCCCCUUGCCCCCGGAACCAGAGAAUGGUGGCUACAUCUGCCACCCCCGACCCUGCAGAGACCCCCUGACAGCAGGCAGUGUCAUUGAAUACCUGUGUGCCGAAGGCUACGUGUUGAAAGGGGACUACAAAUACCUGACAUGUAAGAAUGGCGAGUGGAAGCCGGCCAUGGAGAUCAGCUGCCAUCUCAAUGAGGACAAAGAAACCCACACGUCCCUUGGAGUCCCCACGCUGUCCAUAGUGGCAUCCACUGCCAGCUCCGUGGCACUCAUUCUCCUCCUUGUGGUGCUGUUCGUGCUGCUGCAGCCAAAGCUAAAGUCUUUCCAUCAUAGCAGGCGUGACCAAGGGGUGUCUGGGGACCAGGUCUCCAUCAUGGUGGAUGGAGUGCAAGUUGCACUGCCGUCUUAUGAGGAGGCUGUGUAUGGCAGUUCUGGUCACUGCCUGCCCCCUGCCGACCCCAGAGUGCCCAUUGUGCUGUCUGAAGGGGCUGGGCCCAGCAGUAGGAGCCUGCCAAGGGAGCAGCAGGGCCAGAGCGCCUGCUCUUCUGUGGCUGGGGAGGAGGAAGCUCCAGGCCAGUCUGGACUGUGUGAGGCGUGGGGCCCCCGGGGCUCAGAGACUGUGAUGGUGCACCAGGCGACCACCUCAUCCUGGGUGGCUGGCUCAGGGAGUGGCCGGCCAGCACACAAAGAAGCCACAGACUCAGAGAACAGCGACAUACAGAGCCUUUUAUCUCUCACAUCAGAGGAAUACACAGACGAUAUCCCGCUGUUGAAAGAAGCGUGAGGGCUGCCGCCCACCUCUCCUCUCUGCGAGGUCUUCUCUGUCCCUCCUCCUGCUCCCUGUGGGCUUGAGCACCCUGUACUCCAGCCAUCCCAUCUGGACACCUGAGCUGCCACCUGUGUGCCCGUGCGUCUCUGAGGGCCUGCAGGCCACCUCUCUGGAGACUCAAGGAAGAUCCUGACCAUCUGCCUGGACAGCUGGAGCAGCUGGCUCCUUGCCUGGUCCAGCCUUCCCAUCUGUUGGGAUGGAUUUGAAUGUGCUGGAUUGGACCCACCCUUUCCCCAGCCUCUGAGCCCCUUCCAGCCAGUGCUGUGGUGGCAGCCCUGCAGCUGCGAGGGGCAGAGCACCACUGGGUUUACUUGUGCCUUCCCCCAGCCCGUCUAGUUUCCUGGUCACAGCCUUAGUGGCUGCAGCUCCUGCAGGCGGAGGCCUGGCCCGCUGCUGUGCUCCCCCUCACCCCCCAAGAGCAGAGCCAAGAGUGAGAGCCUCUGCUGCUUCAGUGGGCCCCUAGGUUGACAUGGUGGCACAUUUCCUUGGCUGAGAAUAGAGAGUUUAGAAAAUCAUGCCACAGCCAUCCCCGCACCUGCUGUCCAGCUCAGGUGUAGGUUCCUGGCCCUUUGCAGAGUUUCCAGCAAGAGUCCAGAAGAUCCCAAGGGAGGAAAAAGGAGAUGCCUGGUAGUGAUUGUCUUCCUAAUAUGCAAGUUCUCAUGACCUGCUUCCAGCAUUGCACCUUGGCCUUGGUCUUUUCUGUUCCUUGGGUAGGAGGCGUUGCUUGCUACCUCCUGGGCUUCUUCCCAGGCAGCUCUGGCUGCUUUGCUGCCCACAGGGCCUGAGGCACAUCACCCUAGUAGUCCUAGGCCCACCCCAGGAGUUCUCGGGUGCCACCCAACACUUGCCUGGCCACAGGCAGUCUGGGCAGAUAACUGCUUUCUGGGUUUGUGAUGAGGGAGGGGAGGCCGAGAGGCACAGACUAAGUUCCUGGGCAGCUGCUGGCGGCUCCACCCAGUUCUGAGGAUCCUCCUCACCGUGGUCACGUGCCUUAGUAACUGUGCCAGGGAAGCGGCCUGUUGCAUGCUGCACCUCUGCUUUUCUCCUGCUGUCCUUCGGUGCCCUGCACGUGCUAUGGCUGAGAAGCCACUGCUGUCUUCCUUGCCCUCCAGGGAGGAGUGAGGAAGGGUCCCCAGCAUCCCUUACCUUGCUGGCCAAAGUGAGUGAAUGGCUCCCAGGUCCCGUGGACAGAGCCUGCGGUGUGGACGCUGAGCCUACAGCCAUGGCGUGUACCCGUAAUCUCUCCCGGGAACCUUCUUUGUCCUGCGGUGCAGGUGGGCAACUGGGAGCUCCGCAGGCUGCGACCUUCAGGCCACAGACGUGGCAUUAAGGAAUGUUUGCUUUUGCUUUUGCUUUCUUUUCCCUGAAACACUGGGGCUGGGCAGUCUCAGUGCCGCUGUUGUUCCUCUGUUCUUGCGAGCACCUCUGGUGCCAGCAAAGUAAUAAAAAGCCCGGUUCAGGACUGACCUAACAGGGUUGGCUCCAGGCGCGGGCGGCUGUAGCUGGUGAGCGUGCUGCUCCCAGGCCGCUCCUCUGCCUCCUUGCUCACGAUGCACUUUACUUCCCCGUCACACCUGGCCUCCUGCUGCCCCUCAUCUCCUUUCCUCUCAGGGUAAGGGUACUGCCCGCUGUGCCUGCUGGCCACCCCCACACAUCUCCCAUCCACACGGAAGCCCAUCUGUUGUGCUGAAAAGCAGGCAAGCAAAGUUGUACGUAGGGAAUGGGUUGGAGAAGGUGCCAGAACUAGAAGGCUGAGCCUGAGGGAGGAGACACAGCCGCCACAGUUACUGGCAUGGGCCACCUAGUGGGGGUCCUAAGGCCCCAGCUGCCUUAACACGUGGACCCUCUUGGAGGCACAGCGGUGCCCUUGUCUCUCUCCAGGAGAGGUACUGUGAGAAAUGUGGCAGCAAGGCUGAGUCUCAUGGCUGAGCCUUUAGCUUUUGUUUUUCACUCUUCCAAAACCAAAUUCUGUUAUAGAAUAUCUUUUCUAAAUAGAAGAGCCUACCCUUCUCUGUGUAGUUGCUCUGGACUUUUGCCCCCUCUGUGCCAGGUUUGUUCUCCUGAUACCUCCUUCCAUCUCACCGCUGCACACACUGCCUGGGGCUGGACCUGCCCACUGAUCAGGAGAGUGCAGGGCUGGAGCAGGUGGACGGCUCAGAGGCGGCCCUUCAGCACCCCUGGGUAUGCAGGUGCUCACGCUGGGCACACGCUGGGGCCUCUGGCUGGCGGCUCUCACAUUCUCUCCCCCAAGGCAGUUUCUCAGCUCCAGCCACAUGCUGCUGUUCCUGGGACUUCUGAGCUUUGUUCCUUGUGGAGGGAUUGGGACUUCAAGCUGCCUUGAUGUGGGGCUUGGCUGUAGAGACAGUGGGUAGCCCCCAGCAGGCUGUGAGGAGGGCACGGGCAGGUGGGCGCUGCAGUGCCACCCAUGUGCAGGACACCUACCUGCCCGCAGGGGCCACACUGAGGGACUUUCAGAAAGGAUUCUUUUUCUACUCUUGAGCUAGCUCAAUGCAGUCUGUCUGUCUGUCUGUCUGUCUGUCUGUCUCUCUCUCUCUCUCUCUCUCUCUCUCUCUCUCUCUCUUUCUCUCUCAUCCUGGUGAUGUUCUAGCAACUUCUAAUUUGUGGAAAUCAGAAUAUGGUGGAAAUCACUUAACCUGUCCAUUGCACUCAUGCCUUAGUUCAGCAGGUAGGCUCUGUCUUCUGCAUUUCUGUAUUUUAUGUGCUGUAUUUCACUGGGUGUGAACUGUGAAAUGGCUGGGUCCUGGCCACUGUGAGUUUGGUUUUAUAAGACAUUUCAGUGUACAUUCUAGAAGCACUCCAUUUGCAAAGAGAACGUAAUCUUAUCUUUCCCAUCCAUCUUGCCCUCCUUGUCCCCCCCCAGCUUUAAAAUUCUGUGGAGAAGCCAGAUCACAAGAGAGACAAAGGUAUAUUUUUCCUGCUUCAUGAGUAGUGGCACAGGACAGACAGCCGUGGCCCCUUUUCUCCCUGGCCACACGUUUACUGUGUAACAUUGCUGCCUUCCUUUUGUGGGAACAUUCUUGCAUAGAGAAUGAAACGCACUGCAGACGUUUCUUGGCCCUUGCCCCCCCUACUCCCCAAGGAGCAGAGAGUAGCUAGGACGGAAGUGGCACGCAGCCGUCACGACUUGCAGUGAGUCCAGAGGUGCUUGCCAAGGAGAGCGAGCUAAGAGCGUUUCGUGAGGCCGGCUGGUCUCCUGCAGGGCUUGGAGAAUAUUUUGCUUGGCAGAUGUUUGUACUGAAUCUUGCAGUAGCUACUUCCCUGGAGAGGGAAAGGUGGCAGACCAGCUUUUCUGGGAUGUGUCUCUUAAUUUCCUUGAAACCCUAGUAGAAUUUGGAACAAAACCCCCAGUGUUGAGCCCUCUGCCCAGCAGCCCAGCUAGUGGAGGGUGAGGGGGCAAAGCACUGAGAUCGGCUCGCCUGGCGGGGGGCAGAGGUGGUCUGGGGUCACGUGGCAGCACCCACCCUUGCCCUGGCUUCUUGAGGCUGUCACACCACUAUGGGAUCCUCUGCAGAAUGGUACUCACGUAAUGGCUUAUAACAACACAUGCAUAAUUGACUCUGUGCAGGAUGUCACUCAGAUCAGUUUGGGUUUGCUUUAUUUUAUAUAUAUAUAUUUUUUGGUAUCCUGUACAUUGCAGCGGGUGUGAAGAUAGUAUUUUAAUAUUUGUACAAAGUUUAAUUUAAUUUUAAUUGUUCUAUGUAUAUAACUGCAUUUCUA